AAACGACACUUUCUCUUUUGCGUCAACCCAAACAGAAGAGAGGGAGUAAUCUUUAAGAAUCAGUUGGUCGACAAAACCCUUGGUGACACUCACAGAACCCAUUCACCAUCUUUCAACCCAAGAGUCCCUUCACUUUCUGUCGGCUUCUCCUUCCACCGGCACUGCCACUAGGUCCGGCCCUUAUCAAGGCAAAAUAAUAUUUCUUUUGGUGGAUCUUCUGAAAUUCCAAUUACCAUUCUUGUCAAGGUUGAACCAAACAAAUUCGUCAAUUACUUAAUUUGGCCAAAGAAGAUGAAGGUGUUUCAAGUUCAAAAUCACACAAUUUGUCUUUCCCUCUUCAUUGAUGUCACCAAUUCAAAGGAACUUUUGGACUCCAUGCAAGCAGGAAAUUUGAAGCCAGAACUUGCAUUUCUCAAUGCAUCUCUUAUCCCUGAUGUCUUCCCUGUUCUAGCAGCUGCCCACAAGGCGCUUAUAUCCAAAGAACGGGAGUCUCUUACAACUAGGACUCUUCAUUCCGAGUUAGUCUACAACUAUUCAGGAUCUAAGCAUAUUACAGAAUCUUUGAAGAGGUGCGGAAUUUCUGAUGGUUGUACCUAUAUUCUUGCUGCGUGCUUCAAUGCGUCUUUAGAUGAGAUGAAAGCCAUUCGAGAAACUGUCAAGGGUAAGGAGAUUGAUUUGAAUGAGUUGGCGGGGAGAGCAAAUCAAGCCCAAAUACAAAAGCACUACAAAAUUCCCUCCCCAGAAUUGGCUGUUGGCUCAAUUCCAGAUGCUAUUACAUGUCGAAUUGCUGCUCGUGAUGCUUUGUAAAUCAAAAGAACACAUUUUGUGCGGAGUUGAAGUGAAUAAUGCAAAGACAGAAUUGUGACAAUACAAAAGAACAAAGGCAGUAUACACUCACACUUAAAGUGCCUGUUGAAGCUAAGUGAAUGCAAUCUAGUGAGGUGACAGCUUGCAAAAUGCAUUAUCACAACUUGACCUCAACAUCCCUAUUCUAAUAAUAAUGGGUGCUACUUCCUCAAUUUCACGAAAUUUAUCCUAUUUUUCUUUUUAAUUUAUUUUCGUGUAAAUUUUACAUUAUUUUUAUCUGAACAUUUAACUUACUCUCUCAAUUUCAUUUUACGUGUUAUACUUUCUCUAA